AUGCCUCCCACAGAAGACAAACGCAAAGCUGCGCGCGAGACCAUCGACGUACUAUACGAGAUCUCCUCUUUGCUUAACACGAAUUUGGAUAGGCAGUCAUUGUCCUACUGUGUCUCGCUCAUCGAGAAUGGUGUAAACCCAGAUGCCUUGGCCACCGUUAUCAAAGACCUCCGAGAGCGCGAUGGCGUUGCCACCGAACCUCGCGACAAGCAAUAA